UGGGGACUUGCGCAUAUGCAAGUAAAGUGGCGUCACGGACAUGCGCAGUCCCCGCUGAGUAACAGCAGUAGAGUAAUGAUGGCGUCCUCAGCGGCUCGCUUCUCCACACGUUGGAUAACAGUUGCCGUGUCCUCCGGUCACCGUCCUGCUUGUUGUGCUCUGGCCCCUUCUUCUAAUGGAGGCUUAAGAAGUCUGUCGACUUUUGGAGCACAGAAAAUCUGGUCAGGAAGCAAUGCAAUGCGUGGGGGCACGGGGAAUGCGUUGACAUUGAGAGGGCUGUCAGUUCCAGGUGUUAAAUCUCCCCAUGUCAUCUGCACACUGUCCUUCCACACAAGUGCCCCAGCCUCCAACAAACAGGACUUCUACACAGUGUUGGAGGUACCACGCACUGCCACCCAGAAAGAGAUCAAGAAAGCAUAUUACCAGAUGGCUAAGAAGUAUCACCCUGACACCAACAAGGAAGACCCUAAGGCCAAGGAGAAAUUUGCUCAGCUGGCUGAGGCUUAUGAGGUGCUGAGUGACGAGGUGAAGAGGAAGCAGUAUGACACGUACGGGGUGGCAGGGUUCGAUGCCAGCCAGGCGGGCGGUGGUGGACACCAGCAGUACUGGAGCGGACAGGCCAACAGCGUGGACCCAGAGGAACUGUUCCGCAAGAUCUUUGGGGAGUUCUCCGGAAGCCGCGGCUUCGGCGACUUCAAUGCCGUAUUUGAUCAGCCCCAGGAGUUUAUCAUGGAGCUGACGUUCACCCAAGCUGCCAAGGGGGUCAACAAAGAGAUGGCGUUCAACACUGAGGCCAGCUGCCAGCGAUGUGAUGGCAAAGGGAGCGAGCCUGGCACCAAAGUUGUGCACUGCCACUACUGCAACGGCUCUGGCAUGGAGACGGUGAACACUGGCCCCUUUGUGAUGCGGUCGACAUGCCGUCGGUGUAAUGGGAAAGGCACUGUGAUCUCCACCCCAUGUAACUCCUGUCACGGGACCGGACAGACCAGACAGAAAAAGACAGUAAUGGUCCCUGUCCCAGCAGGUGUUGAGGACGGUCAGACGGUCAGGAUGCCUGUGGGGAAGAAGGAGGUGUUCAUCACGUUCCGGGUUCAGAAGAGCCCAGUGUUCAGACGGGACGGAGCAGACAUCCACUCUGACGUGCUGAUCUCUGUGGCUCAGGCUGUACUGGGGGGCACGGCCCGGGCACAGGGCCUCUACGAGACAGUCAACCUCUCGAUCCCUGCUGGGGUCCAGACAGACCAGAGGAUCCUCCUCUCUGGGAAGGGCAUCGCACGGAUCAGUGGCUAUGGUUACGGAGAUCACUACAUCCACGUCAAAGUCCGAGUCCCCAAGAUCCUGACAGACAGACAGAAAGCUCUGCUCAUGAGCUACGCAGAGGAUGAGACUGAAGUGGAGGGGACAGUCAAUGGUGUCACAAGCACCACUGCAGGUGGGGGCAGCAGUGGUAAGCAGUCUGAGGCAGGGCAGGACAGGCAAGAUGAGGUAGGAGAGAGCAAGCAGGAGCAGGGCUUCUUCACCAAGUUAAAACAUUUGUUUAGCUCCACCUGACAGUCACAAACCAGGUAAAAGGUCCACUGGGAACUGAGGCGAGUGUCCGAGGGUAGAGAGAUGAUGCCCUAAGAAGACAGCCACAGGGAGAGACCAGAAAUGGGGACAGGGGGUGGGGGCGUGUUGGAGGGAUGAUGUCUACUGUAUCCUACUCUAGCACUAGACAAGACUGGUUACCCCAGAUCUACCUUCACAGAUCUCCUUUCAUCCUUGAUCAGUUCCCUAGCAGUGGAAGACAAUGGACUGAAACAGACUCAAACACCAGACAAGACUGGUUACCCCAGAUCUACCUUCACAGAUAUACCUUCACAGAUCUCCUUUCAUCCUUGAUCAGUUCCCUAGCAGUGGAAGACAAUGGACUGAAACACAAUGUGGUCCUAACUCAUUCCUGCUGCCUAAAACCCAAAUCCAAGAGGAAAUACGCUCUGGAAGUACCAGGAAGUGACUGCCCCUUAGGCUUGGAGUUUUUUGGAUGGUGUUCAAUGUGCAAAAAUGUUGCGCAAUGGUCUUCAAGCGCAAACAAAUCAUAAGGCAUCGAUCGGGUGGAAGUAAAUUCAUCCACAAAUGCAAAUAUAAUUAUACAUCUUAAAUGACCACAUGUUCAAAAGAUUAGGGUACGUGAUCCGUAAGUAAAGCGAACGUGGCGGCAACUUUAACAGGGUAUUCCAUAGAUUUUCCAAUUGUUCCUGUCCAUCAGAUUCCUAACCGUGUGAUAGCAGCGCAGUCAAACAGUCACUCAUAAUGUAUGGUCUGUCUGCUGUCUGAGGAAUGUACUGUUGCCAGUGAUAGCCAAAAAACCCAUGGAUAUACAAAAGAUUAGGGACACCUCCAUAAUAUUGAGUUGCACCCCCUUUUUCCCUCAGAACAUCUUCAAUUCAUCAGGGAAUGGACUGCAAUGUGUCAUGCAUUCCACAGGAAUGCUGGCCCAUGUUGACUCCAAUGCUUCCCACAGUUGUGUCAAGUUGGCUAGAUGUCCUUUGGGUGGUGGACCAUUCUCGAUACACACAGGAACCUGUUGUGUGGAAAAACCCAGCAACACUGCAUUUUUUGACACUCAAACUGGUGUGCCUGGUACAUACUAUCAUACCCUGUUCAAAGGCACUUCAAUCUUUUGUCUUGUCCAUUCACCCUCUGAAUGGUACACAUACACAAUACAUGUCUCAAGGCUUAAAAAUCAUUCUUUAACCUCUCCUACCCUUCAUCUACACUGAUUGUAGUGUCAUUAAUAAGGGAUCAUAGCUUUCAUCUGGUCAGGCUUUCAUGGAAAGAACAGUUAUUCCUAAUGUUUUGUACACUUAGUGUAUAAAAAUACUAAAGCAUAGAAAAUCAUUAUUUUAUUUAAAAGGCCUCUGCUGCAAUAAGGAACUUUGUUUUGGUUGAGAUCCUCCUGAUUUUUUAAAUGUGUAGUAAGUUUGUUCUGUAAAGUGAACUCUGCUUCGUCUGAUCUCUAUGCUUCCUAUCUAGCUAGCCACUGCAGCGAGUUGUACCAACCUAAUAGCAGCAUUAGUACUGUCAAACAGCUACGGUGAGAUAAAGAGGAAGUUGUCUGGCUGAUAUACUUUUCUGUUACAUAAAAAAAAGGUGUGUAAUGUGUGUGGAGAUGCAUUUGGGUCUAAGAACCCAGUCAUCCAGGAUAGGCAUGACUCAACCAGUUGGAUCAGAUGUGGCUGGACAUCUGCUCUGCUCCUCGUCAACCCCUUCUCUAUUGAUGAAUCUGAGAAUUCACUCAAAGCAGCACACUUUCAUGUACCUCCAUUCUGCCUCGUUAUAUUUGUAAAUACACAGCUGUUGAUAUUGCAACCGUACCAAUGUGUCAUGUUAGAGAAAUAAAUAACAUCUAUAAUUAAAGUGAAAUCUAAAUUAA